AUGAAGCACCCAAGAUCCGACGUGCCCAUAGAGAUCAACCAUGACUCUCACUUCGAUCUCGCUUCUGGCAAAUCACAUCAAGUUUUACCUCUAAACAAGAGAGUUCCAUCACGACAGAAGAGAAGCCCUGAACGUCAACGUAGUGUUGACGAACCGCAAUAUUCCAGAAUCCUUGAUAUCCCUCGCCCAGUCUGGCCUGCCAACGAUGAGGUCACGCCAGAGAUAUCUCAGAAGAGAAUCAAACAGCUGGAGUCUGGAACUGAAGAGCAAAAGUUAAUGGCUGCCUUUGCCAGACAUGUCAUCAAGCCAGGCCGUAACAGCCGUGCGAAUUCUUGGGUAUCACACAGGUCACUGAGAAAAGCUUUCCCUGAGCACUUCGAGCAGUCGGGAUUUGUUACAGGAUCUGCCUGGAAAAACAAGAAAGCUAGCGAUUUCGGUCUACCAAACUUGUUCCUCAGAGGUGUCGAUGACAGGAUGGCCUCUUUUGGCAGUCACGAGUCUGUCAAAUAUCUGUUUGCGGAUCUCGGAUGGGCGCCUGCUACAGAUCCAUGGAAUGAUAAGGAGUAUCAACGGCUACGGCAGCGUAAUGUACACGAGCACAGCUCUUCAGUCAGGGCCGAACAGUCAGCCAGUCACGCCAUCUCAAAUCAAAGAGAACGAAGUGUUGAGCAGGACAAUGGCCUGGAUGCAGUGGAAGGCGAAGAGGACUAUGCUCGCCCAUCCAAACGACUUCGAUCGAGGUCUUCUGUAAAGUCACAGCCAGAAAGAUACGCAGAAAAACCUGCGAUCCUGCAGUCAAGUUUGGCUGCCCCGGUUCGUAUGAGCGAUACAGCCAACAAGCUCGAUUCUAUGGAGAGUGGUCAUCUCGAGUUCAAAUACAAGACACCUCCUCGUGGAUUCGGACAAAGCACGCAUAGCACAGCAACAAAGAUGGAGGGCGAUCACCGGCACGCGAGCUCGCAACAGCAGGACAAUCGAGGCGUGUCGGCGAAAGAAAGAGUAAGUUAUCAACAGAUUCUUGGGUAA